GUCAAACCAAGUCGCCAACCAAGUCGCCAACUUUUUGACCAACAUCUGUCCAAGUUCCCGCCGAAGGGCUGCGCAAAAGGAGGUUUCUUUUAUUUCGAGAAACCGCAAUGGCUGCCAUGAAUAGGCUCCCGCCAGAUUGGCAGCGGGUGCUUUCGCCCUGUUAUUCUUGUUGCGAAAGGGUCUGGAUACCCGAAGAAGCUACAUUUGGCGACCAGUGCAUCGGACCAAUCACGCACGUGCCGUUGCUGCUGGCCGUGGUCGUCGUCUUUUGCCGCUACGGCUUGUAUCCGCUCUGGGCUCGGCGACCGGCCUGGCUGCGCGCUUUUGCAAAUGAACCAAACGUCUCCAAAACAGCCCCGGACCGGACCCGGAGCAAUGGCCACCACCGCAGCUAUGCCGCGGUCGCAGCGGCCGGAGAAGACGGGGCUUUCGAUGCAAAGCCUACGCAUAAGACUUGGACCGUCUACACCAAGUCGCUCUUCGCCAUCUCCAUCGCCAGCGCUAUCGCCAGCGCCCUCGUCGCUGGCUUGUUCGAUUUCAGCUUUCCCUAUCUGAUGCCGAUCAUUCCAUCGUUUUUGACGGCAGCAAUCAUCGCAAUCGACCGCCCCCAAACGACACCGGGUGCAGUCUUCUUGAUCAACGCCGGUCUUCUCGUCACUCAGCUCGCCCUUCUGAUCGGCGUACCUACGUUGACGACAUCAUCAUCGACUGCCCUGCUACUAUUCUUGCUGACAGUUCUCUUUCCCCUGGUCUCGGUUGGCAUCGUCCUAGUCAUGCCUCUGCGCAACCCAUACGCCGCUGGCACAGAAGAGGUGGCAGGAAAGGACGACGUGGCGCCUACGGAAAAGCUUCGCAGCCCCGAGGACAACUUCUCCGUAUGGCAGUGGAUGACUAUCAGCUGGAUGGGCAAUCUCAUACAGCUUGGCUACAACCGCCAGGUCCACCCAGAGGAUGUGUGGCGCCUUCCCUUCGAGUUCCAACACAAGCGUCUGCAUACUCUCUUUCGCGAGAUCAAAGGCACCGUCAUUGGUCGCAUUCUAGUCGCAAAUGCCCCGGACCUUCUCAUCACGUCGUCGCUCGGCAUACUCGAAUCUGCAUGCGCCCUCACCCAGGUCGUGCUUCUCAAGCAACUCCUCUCCGCCCUCGGGGCGCAGAACCUCCGCGUGGCUGUCGCAUACGCAGCCCUUGCACUACUGGUAAGGCUCAUCGCGGCUCAGUCUGCCGUCUUCUCAUUAUGGUUCAGCCGCAGGUGCUACGAGCGCUCGCGCGGCGAGAUGAUCACCAUGAUCUACGAAAAGACGAUUCGCCGCAAGGCCUUUACGUUCCCAGGCAUCGACGAAGACAAUGAGGAUGGAGAGGGCAAGGACACGAAACACCAGGAGAAACCCGGCGCUCCGGCUUCCAUGGGCAAAAUUCUCAACCUGAUGCGCAACGACGUUUACGAGGUCGCCCAGCGCUUCUGGGAGUUCCCCGGGCUUUUCACCAAGCCAAUGAACUUUGUUCUCAGUCUCGCCCUAAUCUGGAACAUCCUCGGCCCGUCCAGUCUGCUGGGCAUUCUCGUCCUUCUCUUCGCGCAGGUGCUCAACGUCUUUGUCAUCAAGGUGCUGCUGAAGUGGGAGAGAGCUCGCAGGGCCGUCACGGAUCUCAAACUGCAGAUAACGAGUCAGUUCGUCGAGACGAUCCGACACCUCAGAUGGUACGAUUGGCAGGAUCGCUGGCUGGGACAGAUCUUCGAGACGCGAGCAACGGAGCUGCGCUACCGCGUCGUCAGCAACCUGCUCCAGAAGGCCCUUGGGGCGCUUAAUCAACUGGCAGCUUUCGCGUUCCCAGUAGCGGCCUUUUAUGCAUACACGGUCAUUGGUGGCAAUACUCUAUCGGUGGACGUCGCCUUUCCCGCACUUAACCUGUUCACGAUGCUCAACACCAGCCUUCAAGACCUCCCCAACCUAGUGAUGGUUCUGUUAAACGCCAGCAUUGCAAUGGGAAGAAUCGAGAGCUUUAUGGCAGAACCGGACAAGGAAGAUGCAAACUACGACAGUGACAAGCCCUACGGCAAGCAGGAGCUCGAGAUCAAGGGUGCCGACUUUUCAUGGCCAGGCCAGACGGCCGAAAACCCAGUGUUGCGCGAUGUCAACUUGUCGGCCGGUCCGGGACUCACCGUGGUGUGUGGCAAGGUUGGUGCUGGCAAGUCGGCCCUCCUGCAGGCGAUACUGGGCGAGCUUGACCAGUACAGCGGCGAGCGCAACGUUCCCGAAGAGAUGAAGGCAUACUGCGCGCAGACGCCGUGGCUGCAGAGCAUGAGCAUCCGGGAGAACAUCUUGUUCUCGGGAGGGUUCGACGAACGGCGCUAUCGACGCACGCUCGACGCCUGUGCACUCCUCCCCGACCUCAAGGAAUUCGAGGGCGGCGACCUUUCCAUGGUAGGCGAGAACGGCGUAGGCUUGUCUGGUGGUCAAAAGGCCAGGGUUGCUCUCGCCAGGGCGGUGUACAGUAAAGCUAGGAUCCUGCUUCUCGACGACCCGAUCGCAGCGCUGGACCAUCACACUGCCGAGUUUGUCGUCAGGAAGCUCUUCUCCCCGGGCGGGCUGUGCGAGGGCCGCACGGUGGUAUUUGUCACGCAUCGUGUCGACCUCCUCAAGCCUUGGGCAGACCAGAUGUACGAGGUAUUUGCCGACAGGCCCUCGUCGCUGGAGUUGCACCAGCCCGAAGAGCUGGAACGGGACACGUCGUUCCAUCGGCGCGUGGCGGCGGUGCAAGAGACUCAGGCCGAGGAGGCUGCUACCGAAACGGCCGAGGCUCAUGACAAUGCCAGUGUGGCGAUUCCGGACAAGUUCAUCGAAGUCGAGCGGCGCGCCCACGGCGGAGUCAUGGCUUCUGUGUACUGGCGUUAUGUCAAGGCCGGCAAGUUGUGGCUCUGGGCGCUGCUCAUUCUCACAUUCAUCAUUUACAGGCUGUUUAAUCUGCUGUACUUCUACUUCCUCAAGGUUUGGGGCGAGGCUUACAAACAGGACCCAGUCGAGCCGAGUCGAAGCAUGGCAUCCAUCAUGGCCCACACUUCCUUGAAUGCUCAGGGUCUGUCAAUGGCGCAGGUAUCCGACAGGAGCGGAUGGAUUGAUUUUGACUUUGGACUUCCGGCACCCGAAGAGGACGUCACUCCAUGGCUCUUCUGGUUUUUCAUGCUCAGCAUUGCACAGUUCCUUGCCCAGCUCAUGUCUGAUCUUACCUUGGUUGCUAUCGUCUAUGCGGCCGGCAAGAGACUCUUCCAAGACGUGAUGUGGCGUGUGUCAGCCGCCACCUUUCGAUUUUACGACGUGACCCCCGUUGGAAGGCUUAUGAACCGGCUGACUUCGGACAUUGGCACUAUUGAUGGCCAGAUCGCGGGGCAGCUGUACAUGGUUGCCUUUCACAUGGUGGCCUGGUUUUCUUCGGUCGCCGUGAUAGCCACCACCACACCCAUCUUCCUGGGCCUGGCCUUGGCAAUGACUUUGCUGUUUGUUUACAUCUUUAGCAGGUUCUUGCCUCUCUCGCAGUCCCUUCGUCGCCUCGAGAUGGUCUCGCUGUCACCACUCAUGUCCAACUUUGGCACCCUGCUCGAGGGUCUCACCACUGUCCGCGCCUUUCGUGCACAGCCGCACUUUGAACACCGAAUCAUUGUUACGACGGACGCAUUUCAGCAGAUGGACCACUUUUAUUGGUCUCUGCAAUCGUGGCUGACCUACCGCUUCGAUACGCUCUCGGCGCUCUCCACAUUUGUUUUGACCAUCACCGCCAUGACCUCGGGCCUGUCAUCUGGCGCAGUGGCGUUCGUUCUUGCGGCGGCUGCCACAUUUGUUGACACCACACACCUUCUGUGCCGCAAGUAUGGUGAGCUGCAGAUGAUGUUUGUCUCGGUCGAGAGGGUCAUUGAGCUACUUGACCUCGAGACGGAGCCGCAGUUCGACAAGCCGAUCACGGCACAUGGUAGCACAUGGCCGGCGGCGAGCGACGAUAUCGUCUUUGACAAUGCCACAUUCCGAUACGCACCACGCCUCGAGCCCAGUUUGAGGGGUGUGUCAUUCCGCAUCCCCGCAGGAUCCACCGUCGCUGUGACAGGUCGCACCGGAUCCGGCAAGAGCACGCUUGCGCUGGCCCUUCUGGGCACCAUCCUCCCCGACUCGGUGCUAGCUCAGCUGCACCAGGAGCAAGUGGGCGAAAGCAACGAGGAGACCCCACUACUCGUUCCGACACUCGACAGCUCGGGCGGCAGCGUCUGGAUCGGCGACGUCGACAUCGGAAGGACGGAUAAACACACACUACGGAAGCGCAUCUCAUUCGUGGCGCAAGACCCGGUGCUCUUCCCAGGCACGCUGCGGGAGAACCUGGACCCGCUGCGCGAGUACGACGAUGCCGAGUGCGCGACCGUCCUGGCGAGAGUGAUGGGCCCGUCGUCGACUGCGGGGUCCUUUUCGACCAGUACCACGCCAUCAGAGCAGCAGCAGCAGGACGCAACGGCAUCCUCCUCGGGCACCGCGACGCCGAGCAAGCAGCAGUUCCACCUGGGGACGCGCGUCGACGGCGGCGGCAAGAACCUCAGCCAGGGCCAACGGCAGCUGGUGGGGAUCGCGCGGGCGGUGCUGCGCCGGUCCCCGAUCGUUAUCCUCGACGAGGCCACGGCGAGCAUCGACUUUGACACGGCAUUUCGGAUCCAGGAGGUGCUGCGCGAGGAGCUGCGGCAGAGCACAGUCAUUGCCAUUGCGCACCGGGCCGAGGCGGUCAAGGAUGCUGACUUUAGGAUCGAGUUGGAGAAGGGGAGGGUUGUGGUUGCAGAGAGGAUUGUGAGGUGAGGGGCGGCUUUUGUGUUAUUUGGUUGAGCAUGGUUUGGUUAUGGCGGACUUUUUUUUCCUUCUAGAUUGUCUGGGAGUCGGGUUUCUUCCUCUUGACCAAGCAUUGUUUGUCAUUCUUGGAUAACAUUUGUUUGUUUUGGAUCGCCUGGUUGUUAUAUAUGUCAUAUACAUAAACCGGUACAAAUGCACAAAGAGUAAACUUUAGGGAC